UAGAAAAUGAUUUGGUAAAUGGAAUACUGGAAAAGCAGACCAUCAGAAUUUCACCUUGAGGUAUCCCCAUUUUCUCUGAAAUCUUGAUUCUCAGCCGCAACGAUGGGGACCUCGGGCGCUGUGUCAUCGUCGAUGAUGCUGGACUCUCAUUCUAGUCUAUGUCCGUGCUUGGUUGUGCCGGCUUCAUGCAAUCUCAGCAGUGUGGAUUUAGGUUUACAUAGAUAUCUUUCUUCAACUUCGCUUCCCGGAAAGCAGAUCAAAAGCCUUGGUUCCUUGGAAUUGAGCUAUUCGUUUCUCGGCCCGAGGGUUUUGAAGAAAGGGCAACGAGGCCAUUUUAAAAGUUUGAAAAAGCAGCAGGCGAAGAAGAGGGGCUCUGCAGUGGAGAAUGAGUUCGGUGGUCAGUAUGAAGACGCUUUUGAAGAUGUGAAAUCACAAAUAAUAAACUAUUUUACAUACAAAGCUGUAAUGACUGUUCUAGACCAGCUUCAAGAAAUGAACCCUCCACAAUAUCAUUGGCUCUAUGAAUUUAUAGUAACAAACAAGCUUAGAGAUGGGAAGCAGUUUAUUUCUACUCUUAUGAAGGAAAAACAAGAGCUCGCUGAAAGAGUGAUGAUAACACGUCUGGACCUCUAUGGGAAAUGGAUAAAGAAAUUUGACCACGAUGAACUGUAUAAACAAAUAUCUGAUCAGAACUUGGAUGUGAUGCGUGAAUGGCUGAUGGAGAUAGUGGUUUGGCCAUCUGAUGAAGAGAUGGUUGGAUGAAAAGGAAUAGAAGCUCUAUAACCUCUAUUUCAUACAUGUCGGUACUUUUCAUAUUUGUAUAAUUUUAUGUCUUUAUUAUUACUAUGUUUACCCUAAGCAAAUACUCUACUUACACAAACACAAAGUUAAAUAACGCAUUCACAAAAAUUGUAAAAUCAUACAUCCUUGGUAAACAAAGUCCCCUAAGUUUUCAUUUCAUCUUUUGGCAUAAUCUUGAUUCCCCUAAGUUUUCCAAGAAUAAAUAGUGAUUUCUUUCACCAUUCACCCCCUCUACACCUUUUCUUUAGUCGAUAUUCUUUUAGUUUGAUAAGCUGUUUGCAAAGUGCGUCAUUUCAACUGUACCCUUUCAACUUAGCCAAGCAUAAAAACGACUAGUGACCUACUAGACAAUCUAGAAGGAUGAGCUUGCAACUCUUUGCAAAAAACUAAGUAAAACUACUGUGUAUAAUUACAUCGGUUCAAGUUUGACGUUUCUUCCAAACUAUUGAGUUGUACAAAUUAAGUUGAAUUGGUGGAGUUACACACAACAGCCUUUUUUCGAUGUGGCAGAAGAGUGGCUAGUUAUCCGUCCAAAUUGUUUAGCGGACCACUAGUAUUUUUUAUAUUGUGCUACUUAAGUAGAGUCCAAUUAAAACAUUGUAGACUAAUAACAAAUUAUCCAACACUAAGGGGGUGUUUGGAGUGUUUGGGUGAAAGUGCAGAAGUGAUUCUGGUGCUCUAAUCUACUCCUAGAAUCAGUUUUUUAGAAGCUGGGGGGAACAAGCUUCUGAAAAUUGAUUCUGAUCUGCUUCUGUUUCUGCUUUAAAAAAGAAGCGGAAGCAGAAUGAGUUCCAAACACCCCAAGAAAGUGAACCAAAGAGAAUGUAGAAAAGAAAGUGAAUUAUGCCAUGAUUAUGUCAUUGAUGAAAAGGGAAUUGAUGAAUCUUUCUUUAACUAAGGAGGUACUAUUUUAUGCUUUGUGUAGAUAUGUAGUUUAACUUUGUGUUGUUAAGAAUAGAGUGUUUGUACAGUGUAAAGUGAUUUACUUAAGUUCGAGGGUGUAUGUUUCCUUCAUUCAACUAACACUUAACAGUAAAAUAUGCCCACUGAAGCAGAUAUGAGGUAGUGGCUCCCAAAAGUGGAGAUGAGCUUCUCUCUUCAAGACUCGAGCUUUGGCUGUUAAUUCCUUUUGAUAAGGUUGAUUUGGAUAUUUGAGUUAUUUUUAUUUUUUUUUAUUUUAAUUAAAUGGUUGUAAAUACUACCUCCGUCCCUAAUAAAACUUAUAAAUGGGUUGAGCACACAGUUUAAGAUAAUGGGUAUUGUGUGGUUAAGAGUUGAGCAGAGGAGAGAAAAAUGUGUAAGAAUUAUUGUGAACCACCAAUUCUUUACCAAAAAGGGACAAAUGAUGUUUUAAUUGGGACGAAUGAAAAGGGAAAGUUAGAAGUUAAUUUAGGGAUGGAGGGAGUAGUAAUUUGGGG